AUGGAGACCGAAUUACAAAACCGCCUGGGCGAGGUGAGUAUUCAACUACAAGAAUGUUCACGACAGCAAACAUCAUGUAUGGAAGAAUCAUUGCGGUACCAACAACAACGCGAUAUUUACAAUACAAAAGUAAGUGAUUUAGAGGAUCAAAAACAAAAACUAAGCGAUGAUAUUUCUGACUAUAAAAAUAAAGUAGUAAAAUCUGAGACUGCUGUAAAUCGGACUUUGGUAGAUAUUUCAAUAUGUAAGACAGAGUUACAGUCAUUAAAGAAUUUACAAGUAAGUGUAUCAGCUACAUUAGAAACCUUAAGAUUGGAAAAAGAAACUUUAACAGCCCAGCUUGAAGAGAGAAAAAAGAAAAUUGAAGAACUAGAAAAGGAGGUUGGCAAAUUAAAGUCUUCAAUGACCACAAAGAGUGCUCCUAACCUUGUGUCUUCGAAAGUGACUCCAGCAGCCCAGCCACCAAAACUCAGCUCAGCCUUAAAUAACAACAAUCCCAUUAAUGAACCAGUACUUGAGAACAAUGCUAAGGAAGAUAUUGAGGACCCAAGUGCUCUAAACGAUGGAGAUAAUUUUGAACAACAG